UGUCAGCCAAUUUAUUGAUUGUGUUUAACUUUAGAAUGUGAGUUUUGCCACAAAACUUUUGUGCAUUGGAAGGAAUAGCGAAGAGUUUUCAGUGAAAAAAAUGAAAUAAUAAAAACUGAUUAGGGUGAUUGUGUUGUAUGUGUGGCCUUUAUAGAUACAUAUAAUGUGACAUACCCAUGUGUGGUCGCAGAAGUUGAAAUUUAUAUAGUACACCUUUACAACAAAAACAAGCAAGAGGUCCCCCUCGUUGUCAGACGGUACCAUGGUGGAUCAAGGAAGUAGCAGUCGCUAUGCAGGACUGCCGACCGACACUGCAACAAUUUAAACAGCAUCCUUCACAGACCAACCUUAAUGUUUGUUAAGCGAUAAGAGAUGACACGCCAUGCAAGAAACUGCACUGCGGGAGCAGUCUACACGUAUCAUGAAAAGAAGAAAGAUGCUCAGGCAUCAGGUUAUGGAACAAACACUCAGAGGGUGGGAAAGGAUUCUAUCAAAGAUUUUGAUUGCUGUUCUCUGACAUUACAGCCUUGCAGAGACCCUGUUAUUACGCCAGAUGGGUAUUUGUUCGAUAAGGAAGCAAUUUUGGAAUACAUAAUAACAAAGAAAAAUGAAUACAGCAGGAAACUGAAAGAAUAUGAAAAGCAGAAGAAAAAAGAAGAGACUGAAUUAGCAGAAAUUGCUGCAGCAGAGAAAGAUUCGAAACUGAAUAGUUUCAUAAAAACUGAGAAGAAUAUAGUCAGCACACCAGUGACUGCAUUCAAAUCUGAUACAAAAAACAAUGACAAGCCGUCAGUGUCCAACAUGACAGAAGGACGUGACAAACACCUACCAAGUUUUUGGAUACCUUCAAAGACUCCAGAAGCCAAAGAAACCACAUUAAAGAAGCCUGAUAAAACUAUUUACUGCCCUAUAAGUGGCAAGCCACUGAAGGUCAAGGACCUCAUUAACGUAAAAUUUAAAGAAGUGAAUGACCCUGAUGACAAGAAACCACUUGUUGUCAAAAAAAGUCGAUAUAUGUGUGCUGUUACUCAUGAUGUCCUGAGUAAUUCUGUCCCUUGUGCUGUUAUUAGAACAACGGGAGAUGUGGUAACAAUGGAAUGUGUUGAGAAGAUAAUUAAGAAAGACUGGCUUCACCCACUGACCAAUGAAAAACUCACAGAAAAGGAUAUUAUUCCAAUGCAACGGGGUGGAACAGGAUAUUCUAUUACUAAUGAUAAACUGCAAGGGAAGCAUGAACGACCAGUCUUACAGGCAUAAGGAAAGCUUGAUCUUGUACAUACUUUCUAUUUUGGUGAAGAAGCCCAAUGAUGAUUCUUUAAACCAUGUUUAAAAUAGACAUGUUCAAAGUUUUUUUUUUUUCUUUUUGAAGCAGUGGUUUUCUAAAUGUUACAGGUACCAGGAGUUCUUUGUUCUAGUACUAAUUAAAAUUUUGUAAGAGUGAAAUUUUACAUUUAUAGUUUGUAGAUCACUAUAUUUUUCAGUAAUUCUCCUGUAAAACUUUCUCGUGAUGGUAAUAAAGAUAUUCUUUUUAUUGCUUCAAA